AUGUCUCAUGUAGUGUGGUUACUUAGUGCACUUUGGCUGUCUACUGCGUGCGCGCAACUGGAUAUCUUUAACAAGAUCCAAAGAGAACUGACCAGUGAGGCGCAGUCUGUGAUGACCCCCGUGGCCAAAGGCUUAGCUAACAUAGGAUUCAGUCAAUGUGCCAAGAUUAAGAAGCUGGUGGGAGUAAGCUACGACUCUUUCGAUAAAGAGCCCGACAUGAGCAAGCUGACACUCGUCUUUACGACCAGGUCGAUGUCCGUGACGUAUAACCUGAGUGACGCAGUGCGACUCAUCCCCUUGACUCCAGGGUACAACCCCAAGAAUCCAUUCAGGAUCUUCCUGCACGGCUUCACCCAAGAUCCUACUGAAAACAGCUACAAGGAAAUCAGCAAGGCUUUCCUUGAUCAAGGAGACUGCAACAUCCUGGCGCUGGACGCGAGCUCGCUGAUCCGCUGGCUGUACCUGCGCUCCACCACCAUGACGCGCUUCAUAGGAGAGAAGCUCGGCGCAAUGUUGGCAGCGCUCGUCAAUGCCGGUCUCGACCCAUCCAACAUCCACUUGAUCGGGCACAGCCUGGGCAGUCACAUCUCAGGGUUCACGGGCAAGACGUUCCGCAACCUAACAGGGGGUCUCAUCGGUAGGAUAUCAGGCCUGGACCCCGCGGGACCCUGCUUCGCAGACGUAGAGGCUUCUUGCAGGCUGAACAAGGACGAUGCUAAGUUUGUCGAUGUCAUACAUACUGAUGAUGGGGUGUAUGGGCUGGAUGGACAAAUUGGUCACGUGGACUUCUACCCGAACAGCGGUUCGGAGCAGCCGAACUGCCUGUUACAGACUUGCAGCCACAACCGCGUGUGGCUCCUGUACGCCGAGUCGGUACUGAAUCGCGACGCCUUCCUCGCGGCCAAGUGUGCAAGCUAUGAGGACUUCAGGAAGGGACAAUGCGACUACAAUGAUACCAGAAUAAUGGGGUAUUUCACUUCCCCUGAGUCCCGAGGGAAGUACUUCCUGCAGACGUCAGACGAGGUGCCUUACGGCCGCAGGUCAGAAGGUCUGAAGUACGUCAAAAACGAGGGUCUUCUCAGAAAGAUCGUUAAUAAAUUAAAAGGAUAACAGCCUUAGCUCAUU